AUGGAGUUGGAUUGGGAUAUGGAGAACACGGAGUUUAAGAAUGUUCACAAAGCACUGGUGAAUGCUCUAAUCGAAAGGUGGCACCCAGACACACAUACGUUUCACCUUCCGAUUGGUGAAUGUGCUGUGACGCUUGAAGAUGUGGCUAUAAUUCUUGGUCUUCCGACGGACAGUCUUCCCGUCACAGGGAUGACAAUGAGUAUUUUUGAAGUCUUGGAGGCGGAGUGUUUACACCAAUUUGGAGUUGCACCGCAUAAGUCGAACUGUAGAGGAAGCUGCAUAAAACUGACGUGGCUACGGGAUCUAAAAGAAAAUUUACAGUUGAAUGAUGAAAACAGUAUACAGAGGUACGUGAAGUGCCACAUUAUGUUGUUGAUCGAGACAAUUGUUUGGGGAUAA